AUGGUAGAGACGUGUGAAGAUUGUAUGUCGAAUGAUUCUCUGUCAUGUAGCACAUGUAAAUCGAAUACUAAUAAGUACUAUGACAAAGACAUGAGAACGAAAUGUGCGAUGUGUACUGCUAUUAGAUAUUGUAAUUACUGUACAUUCACCAGUGAGACGUGUAGAGAAUGUAUUGAUGGUGCUUAUCUAGAUAAUGGGCAUUGCUUUAAGUGUGAUAAUGAUCAAGGGAAGUGUAUUGAAUGCACAAGUGAUAACAAAUGUGCAAAAUGUCAAAGUGGGUAUUGGGUAGAUACUCUAACAAAUACUUGUGUGGAUCAUGAACCUGAAGUGUCUUCUUCUACACAGACAAGUUCUUCAGAUGAGUCUUUUUCUUUAUCAGAAGAAUCUAACCAAUCAAAUCAGUCAAAUGAAGACAGUGAGAGUUAUUCUACUACUUCUGAUUAUUCAAACAAUUCAAACAACUCAAAUUAUUCAGAUGAUUCAAAUAAUUCAAGUGAAGAACCUUAUAACAACUCUUCUUCUAGUUACACUUCAUCCGACCAAAGUGGUCAAUCAUCAUACUCCAAUGAAUCUUCUUCUUUAUCAGAAGAGUCUAAUCAAUCAAGUGAAGAACCUUAUAAUAACUCUUCUUCUUGUGAUUCUUCAUCGGAUCAAAGUGGUCAAUCAUCAUACUCAAAUCAAUCUUCCGAGGAACAAAGUACUUCAUCAGAGUCAAAUUCAAUUGGAAGUGACUCAAAUACCACAUCUUCCGAACAAAAUUCCUCAGAAAGUGAGAGUCAAUAUCCUUCAGAAGAAUCAACAGAAUCCAGUGACUCUAACAAUUCAUCUUUUGACACGUCAUCAUCUAGUAAUGAAAAAGACACUGAAUAUUAUCUCAAAGCUUAUUACUCUGAUGUUGCAUGUGUAUCAAUUCAAUACGAAGAAGUCUUUCCAAUCAAUCGAUGCAUUCCAUUCACAACAGAAGAUGGUACUUCAAUUCAAUAUACACGUAAUAUACAAGAAGAUAAAAUAAUAUUAAAUGUAUACAACAGCUCUGAUUGUCAAAACACUACAAAAACAGUUGAUGUUGAACUCACAGAUAAUUGCACUGACAACUCCAAGACUGCGGUCAUCACUCAAAGUGAAAAGGAACAUCUCUCCUUUGAUUCCUUUAUUGAGUUCGUCGUUCAUAAAUAUAUCGAAAACACACAGACGGAAGUGCAGACUAUUUUAUACACAAAAAUGGACUGUGAAAACUUUCAAAAUAAAACAAAUGAUAACAACUCCGCAAGUUAUACAACUCAUGUCGAAAUGAAUGUAGCAACUUUCAUGCAAUUUGAAGCAUCUGAUGAACAGUGUAAAUUACCAAUUAAAGAAUUCCAUUGCAGCUGCAAUACACAAUAUGACAAUACAACCUUUGUAGAGUGCAAUAACAACUUUUUGAAAAGAACGUACUUCGUCGACAAAGAAGCGACUAAACUGGCGUUUAAGGAGUUCUUCCCUAUUGGAAAAUGCGUUUCACAGAACUGCGAAAACACGGUUUACUCAGGAAAUUCGUUCAUGUCAGAAAACAUCGACGGGAAAAUGACGAAAAAGUGCUUCUUGGGAGUAAAGUGCCAAGGAGAGUACUUCGUUACAGAACAACGAAAUAUUGUCGGAAACAUUACAAAACUCGGCGCUGGCGCUUUUGUCGAAGAAUUUGUGUCGAGUAUUGAUAUUAACGGGAUGGAUGAUACAAUAUUCUCUACCAAAAAAUUUGCAAAUGAAGACGAGCUACAGAUCCUUGUAAUACAACAGUAUACGUUGUUGGACGACAUGGUUUUAUCAACACACUACAAGGCAAACGUGACAGAAGAUGUCGCAACGUUGGAAAUUGAUAACCCUGUUGUCGGUUCUGGGUUUGGUAUAAAGUGCGGAACAGUUGGCGAUAUUAACGUUGACAACCAAAGCAUUCGUGUGGAAUGUACUCAUUGA